CCGACUUCAUCUCUCGACUUCCCCUUUCCUGAAGCUCCAACCGUUACCUCACCAAAUCCUCCGACGCAAUGCCACUCUUCAAAACGCCCUUCAACGGCUACUCCGUUAAAUUCAGCCCCUUCUACGAAUCCCGUCUCGCCGUCGCUACUGCCCAGAACUUCGGCAUCCUCGGAAACGGCCGUGUCCAUGUCCUCUCCCUCCCCCCUUCUCCUUCUCUUCCCCUUUCUGAACUUGUCGCCUUCGACACUGCUGACGGCGUCUAUGAUCUUGCCUGGUCUGAAUCCCACGAUUCUCUCUUAGUCGCUGCUAUCGCUGACGGCUCUGUUAAGCUCUUCGACACCGCUCUUCCUCCAACCCAGAAUCCUCUCCGAUCCCUCCAAGAGCACACCCGCGAAGUUCACUCCGUUGACUACAAUCCCACUCGGCGAGACUCCUUCAUCACUUCCUCUUGGGAUGACACCAUCAAGCUUUGGACUCUCGAUCGUCCUGCUAGUAUUCGUACAUUCAAAGAGCACGCCUAUUGCGUCUAUUCCGCCGUCUGGAACCCUAGACACACAGAUGUUUUUGCUUCCGCUUCCGGCGAUUGUACGGUCAGAAUUUGGGAUGUACGUGAACCGGGUUCAACAAUGAUAAUUCCGGGGCACGAUUUCGAAAUCUUGUCUUGCGAUUGGAACAAGUAUGAUGAUUGUUGUAUAGCAACGGCGUCAGUGGAUAAGAGUAUUAGGGUGUGGGACGUGAGGAGCUACAGGACACCAAUUGCUGUGUUAAAUGGGCAUGGAUAUGCGGUUAGGAAGGUGAAGUUUUCGCCGCAUCAUAGGAAUUUGAUGGUUUCUUGCUCUUACGAUAUGACAGUGUGUAUGUGGGAUUUUAUGGUGGAGGAUGCAUUGGUUGGGAGAUAUGAUCACCACACGGAAUUUGCAGUUGGGGUGGAUAUGAGCGUUCUUGUUGAGGGAUUGCUGGCUAGCACUGGUUGGGAUGAAUUGGUUUACGUUUGGCAGCAUGGAACGGACCCCAGAGCACCUUGAUAGGGAAGUGUGUUCUACUUGUUCUUGUAUUAGUUGCUAGCUAGUUUCUCUGAAAGUUGCAUUUUCUAUAGACCAAAAGCAUUGGUGUGUUGUUUGUUGGGAAUAAUUAUCCCAUUCCGAUCUUGCUGAAUGAUUCCCUUGUAUAUCAUUUUUAAUAAAGCAAAAAGAUUUAUACUUUUA